AAGCACAAGUCGCCCGCCGGAGACACUGAAUUGCACUGCCGGAGACACUGCAACCACUUGCUGCCUCGUCCCACUCGCUAAAAUGGCCAAGAUUUCCGCUGUCGCCCUGUGCCUGGCCGCCGCCGCCGCCGCCGCCGCGUCUGCGUCAGCGGCGGAGACGCCCUGUGGCCACAGCAGGUGCCCCGAGAACUUCGUGCUGCUGUCGGGGCGGUGCCUCAACGUGACGUCGGCCAAGCACCUGGCCCGGCCGCUGCCGUGGCCCGAGGCGCGGGAGCUGUGCCAGGCCAGAGCCUCCGGGGACUGGACGGCAGACCUCGCCAGCGUCGACGUCCCGCUGCUCGCCGCCUUCACCGACUUCAUCAAGAAGCACAUUCCCGACAUGACCCACUACAUCUUCUGGGCGGGGGCGCGCAAGGUGGGCGGCGAGUGGCAGGAGCUGGACGGCACGCCCAUCGACCCUCUCGACUACAUGUGGCACAUGCAGCACCCGAGCGACGCCUCCCCCGACGACUACGCCUACGGCAUGCUGGUGCCCGCCAGCACGAACCAGCUGCGGUUCUACCUCACGCCCUACUCCCUCCACAGCGUCGGUCCGUCGGCUCUUUGCGAGGCCAGGCGCCGCGCUUAGGCCGGGGACGCCGGGGACGCCGGGGACGCCGGGGACGCCGGGGACGCCGGGGACGCCGG